UAAAUUUGCAAAUAUAACAAAAAUCCUCAGUAAUAGCCAGUUCAAACAUUCACCGAAGCCGAGCCGCGUGAAAACAACAGAAAACAAUCACCUCGCCGUUUCUUUGACCAUUGACCGAAAAUCUUCUAUCACACUAUAAAUACCCUUCCCGUAAAUUCUCUCCCCCAUAAUUCAUUUCAUUUCUACGCUCAACAAAAUAAAUACUCAUUACUUCAGUUCAAACUCAUGGCGGAUAUCAAGCAAUCGAGUAACUUUUCCGGUGACCGGCGGCAACCGAGCCGGUUACAACGGCGAGCGCCGGCGUCGAUACAAAUAAACCGUUCAACCGAUUGGAAUGUGGCGAUACCGCUUUUAUCGCCGUUGAUUUCAUCGCCGACUUCUCCUGAUUCUAACAACUUAACGGCAGCGAUUAAUUCCCUUUGCAGUAAGAAGGUGGAGGUAAAAGAGAAGCCGGCGGCGGCGGCGGCGGUUUUGGUGUUUAAGAAGUGGCAACAUCCUGCGACGCCGUUUUGUUACGAAGCGACUCCGUUAGUGCCGUUUGUAUUAUGUACGGAAACAAUCUAACGGCGUUUAUUUUGAGCUAUUUAUUAAUGCUAGAAGAUUUGGUCUAUGUAUUUCUAUGUACACUGUUGAUAAUUUCUAGCUUUAUUUUGUCAUUUUUUUGGCUAUGUAAUUAGUAUGCUGACUUUGUAAAAUUAGGUGAUUAACAAGUUGUAAGCACAGAGGUAAUUUCAUUUACAUGCUCAUUAUUUGCCGGAAAAUUAAUUCCA